AUGUUCAUUUUGUUUAAUAAAAUGUUUAUUUUUAAGAGAAACUUUUCGAGAUUUAUAAAUAACAAUACGCCAAAGAGAGGGGUACGAAAAAACCUGCAUAGAAAUGUAACACAAUAUAAUUCUACGCCAAAUAACCUUCAAAAUCAACAAUAUGGAAAUAAUCAAAUAUCUAGAUUUGGUGGAGGACUGUUAAAUACUUUUUAUGAAAGCUUUAUAUAUGGCUGUGGUUUUUUUUUAAGUAAUAGAUUGUUAGAUCAAAUAUUUGGUCCACGUACAUACGAUACUUUUAACAACAAUAUGGAAAAUUAUCCAAAUGAUAAUACAAACGCAUAUGCCAAUAAUAAUUAUUCCAGUGAACAUUUUAAUAACGAAGACCCAUCCAUUAAUGAUAAUGAUUUCCAGCAAGAUAUUGGCUUGGACGAUGAUGUAUUUGAUAUUUAA